AUGGGCUGGGUCUCAAAUGUUUGUCAUUUGCUAUUCAAUUGCUCUUCUUCUUCCACACCGCCUUUGUCCUCUUUGUCGGAUUUUGUUCCAUCUGUGUUGCCCUCGAUGGAUGUUGCUUUUAUCCCUAAUUUUGGAAGUCAGUCCACCGAAAUUACAGAAGUGGUUGAUUGUUAUGGAUUAACUCCACCGUUGAUUCUUGAUAUGGGAUUAGAAGUCGGAGGUUCAUGGUCGGAUUGGAAGCAUCGGAAAUUAGGAAACGAAAAUGGAAGAGGCACCAGGGUGGACGAAUGGCAGCUAUACACUUGGAGUCAAGAGCAGCUUUACUUGCAGCAGAACAGGCUAUGGGGAACAUUACUAGCAGACAUUGUUAUUCAAAUGCUUGGAACUGAUUAUGCAAGAAUCGUGCGUGCAAUUUAUGCGUUUCCACAGGUGUAUAAAGAUGUGAUGCAGAGCAUGAAACAAGCCUGGUUGCAGCAAAUGUGA